AGUUGUUAGCAGUGUGACAGUAAUAGCAAUAAAUAAUAUUUAUUUCUACUAAUGACGGCCGUAGUGCUUCAGAAAGGCGGAACAAGACAACAAUAUACGGGACGCAUUCGAGUCGCGAAGGAAGAAAACAAAUGCAAUGCGCUCUUCGGGAAGGCACGUGACCGUAACCUCCAGUCACCCUUCUCCUAAACGUGUCAGCACUCACAGAAAUCUUUUGGUGGCGUUUUUUGAACGAAGGAGGUGACUGUAGUUGACUCUUUUCUCUGAAAUCCGGAACUCCGGAAGACUACUUCAAAUCAUUGGGUGUUCGCGAGUCGCGACGUUCUUUGCGGCGGAGGGAUUUUUUUUUAUUUAGCGGUCAUCAAACAUCUAGCCAAUCCUUGUGCUUGUGGGCUUGUGUGUAAGUCCGGCAGACUUCUUGACUGAUAUCCUUCGUAUUCUACGUUUGGCGACCGAAAUAUUUAUGACAUGGCUACUCCUGGCAAACGACGAAAGCGGUACCUAGACGCAGACCAGCCUUACCUCAUCCCGGUAUCAACCUUACGUUUCCAGAAGACGCUUGUGGGUCAGGGGGCUAACGCUGGCACCUCUGUAGUUACGGAACCGCUUGACGGCGACGAAGGUAGAGAGAACGGAGGUUACCGUAGUGACCCUCUAGGUACUGACGAAGACGACAUCCAAGACUGCCACGGAGCCUACCGUGAUGACCCUGUAGAUACUGACGAAGAUGACGCCGAAGACUGCCACGGAGCCUACCGUGAUGACCCUGUAGAUACUGACGAAGAUGACGCCCAAGACUGCCAUGGAGUCGACGUCGGAGAUGUCUCCACCGACAGUGAGCAUGCAUCGCAAGACCAAGCUGAUGACGGAGGGGACAGCACUGAUGAUGAACACCCUGACGGCGAGGUGUCGAGAGAGAAGUCUCUCGAAGAAGCCGUGAUCUCUGAAGACGACGACGACGAGGAGAUGGGACCUGGGUCCAUCGAAGAUCUCUUGACCCUGUGCGUGGAAGAGUUUGGUGCUAGUAUGCUGCCGCAUUCACCAACGUCGAAAGCUGGCGCCAUCGCGAUGGUUAUAUCGUAUGCCGUUUCGGAGAGAUCGACGUGGGCCGGGCUCGGCAAGCUAUUGACACUUGUGAAUGCCUUGUUUGGCAGCGCAGUUCUGCCGACAAGUAUCUACAAGCUGAGGAAGCUGUGGACGAAAAAAAAGGAAAACUUGGUGAAGUACCAUUAUCUGUGCCCAUGCUGUGACACGGUCCUCAACUCAAGCGAUUCGAUUGCACGAUGCGAUGUGUGCAAUUUUGAGGAGUCCACUGAGAAGCUAAGACAUGGUGGGUCAUAUUUCUUGAUGCUCGACCUCCACAAGCAGCUCAAGCACCUAAUUGGAAAAACAAGUGUCGAGCUUCAUCAUUCGCUGUCAAUGCUAGCACUCAAUGACUCUGAUUUGAUUACGGACAUUACAACAGCCGAAGCUUGCAAGCACUUGCGCCAAGAGCUUGCCUUAGGUCCGAGUGACCUAACAAUCACGUUCAACACUGAUGGGAGCCCCAUCUUCAAAUCCUCGAAGACGUCAGUGUGGCCGAUUCAAUUUACAGUAAAUGAACUACCCCCUGCAGUGCGCUUGCACCACCCUACAUUGGCUGGACUCUGGUUUGGGAAGCGCCAUCCAGACAUGUCGGUUUUUCUGACCAAGUUUGUGGAGGAAGUCAACACUAUGGCCCCUGUGACAUGGAUCCAUGGAGAUCAGCAGCUCACUUCAAAAGCCUUUGUACUGUGCUGCAGCGUUGAUACCCCUGCCCGUGCUGCCGUGCAAAACAUGGUCUCUUUCAAUGGGUUCUUCGGCUGCCCAUAUUGCUUGAUGAAAGGCGAGCACGAGGAAGGAUGCGUGCGCUAUGUCGCCGAUGAAGCCCCAAUUCCGAGGACAUCGGAGCUUGUUGUUCGAGACAUGGAGCUCGCCCAGAGGCUGGGGAGCCCUGUAAAUGGUAUCAAGGGUCCAUCACCUCUCAUGAACCUUGAAGGUUUCGACUUGGUUGCUGGCAUGAGCGUGGAAUACAUGCAUUGUGUUCUGCAAGGGGUGGUGCGACAAGUCACGGAGCUCCUCUUUUCAUCGACAAGCUCACGACAGGCAUACUACAUCGGUACACGUGCGUCUGUUGUCAAGGUAGACAAGCGACUACGAAGCAUCAAGCCUCCCCACUGUAUAACAAGGCUGCCUCGUUCCAUUGAGGAGCGUGGCUUCUGGAAGGCGUCAGAGUGGAAGCAGUGGCUCCUUUUUUAUGCACUGCCAUGCUUGCUGGAUGUCCUUCCCCAACUCUACUGGAAGCACCUCUCCAAGCUCUGUGAGGCUGUACACAUUUUGCUGCAUGACAGCCUUACGCUCCGUGACAUCAAGCGUGCAGGUGAGCUCCCAAAAACAAGCAUUUAGUUGAAGCCUUGCCAUCUAGCCAACACUUCUAAACAGCUUUAUUUUCGAGGGCUUUGUUUCACAAAUUUUGCAAAGUGUAGGUUUCUGGAAAAAUUGUGCAGGCAGAAAAUUUUGUAUUGAUGGGGAAAGGGAGGGGGGUGAUGUAUGUAUACAUGCAAUAAAUUUUUUUGUCAUACUUUUCAAAUCUUGAGAUUUCAGAACAUUAGGUUUCCUCAAAAAUUAUUACGUUCACAGUAUUUGAAACUAUGUAAGACAACCUCCUCACACCAUCUCCAAGCAUGCCAUGAGCAACACAAAUUUUAUAGGACUCUUGAUACAGAUUGUUAGUAUGCUCGACGGGGCGCCGCAAACCCCAAAACAGCACUCAUAAAGAGAUAUCCGAAACGGAUGGCCAUAUUUUUGUAAAAUAAGGAUGCGAUUGAGUGAGAAUUGCGACAUCUUGUUUCCUGCAGAACAGUUAAGGAGGAGGGGAAACGGCCUCGCUUCCUUCCCUCUUUGUGUCCUCGUGGAGUCAAACCGAAGAGAGGAGGUAACAAGAAUCGCAACGUCGUGGGCAUUUUUGGCCUUGUUCAAGCGAGCUCUUCUUUCGCAAAAAUACGACCAUCCAUUGCAGAUAAUGAUUUAUGGGUGACGCUUUCGGGUUUGUAGCUUCCCGCCUAGUGCUUCUGCAUUGUUUUCUGAAAUCAAAAUUUCGCUUCUGCAUCCCUUUAACGUUGAAAGUGCUCAUCACAUCCUAUCUUACUGAUAGCAUCAUUUUGGUGGACUUUCCGCUUUUUGCGAUGCACAGUUUGUUCAUCAUGUGGGCCGAAAAACUGGCUUUCAUUUUUUCUUUCCUUUAAACCCUGUAUUUGGUUUGUUAGAACAUUUUUGUACUUUUCUUGAAGCUUAGGUAGAACAUACAUAUCCUUCUAGUGCAUUUCUGUUCCAAAUUUGAAGGGCAUUUUAUAUCAUUGAAGCAAACAUUGUUCAAACAUACAAAGCACCUCUCAUGAGGGGUACUUUCUCUAAUUUGUGGAAGUCUUCUAUAGUUGUGCCCAUAUUCGAGGCUGGUGAUCUGUCAUUAUUAGUGACUAUCGUCCCGUUUUGUUAUUGUGUGGUUUCCCGAAGGUUUUCGAAAUGGUUAUGCAUAACUGGAUCUCAAAUUACCUCAGUAAAAAAAUUUAGUCUUUUUCAGCAUGGUUUUUAAAAGGGAAAGUCCGUUGAAAGAGAUUUGUGCUCUUUUCUAGAUUUCUUUGUGCCGAUAGUCACAGAGGCGAAAUUGAUGCUGUAUAUUUUGACAUGUCAAAGGCUUUUGACUGUGUAGAUCAUACUUUACUCCUUUGCAAACUUUCUUUUUAUGUCAUGUGCCCAAAGCUUUGUGAAUGGUUCAUGAGCUACCUGAGUUUACAUAGUAAUACUGUUUAUGUUGGCAACUUUUUGGAAGUGUUUUAGAUCAACUUCUGGCGUACACCAAGGUUCAAACCUGGGACCACUGUUGUUUAUUUUGUUUGUAAACAAUACAGUAUCAUGCGUCAAGCACUCAAAUGUACUUCUUUUUGCUGAUGACAUGAAACUCUUUUUAAAUGUUAAAGACCAUAUUGAUUGUACUUUAUUGCAAACUGAUAUUGGUGCAAUUUCAGAGUGGUGUAGAAAAAAAGCCUUGUCGUUCAAUCUUAAAAGCUAAAUUGAUUUCUUUAUAGAGAAAGUGGGAAGUUUUCUUUUACCCUUAUGUGCUUGAGGGAAAUGUGGUAGAUGCUGUAUCUCUAGUAAGAGACCUUGGCGUCUAUAUUGACAAAUUCACUGCACACGUUUCUAAGAUCCUUGGAUUAGAGAUAAGAAGUUGGAAAUGAUCACUUUGGUUAUCAAGUUCUUUCACUUCACCAAUAUCUGUAGUGUGUCUGUUCUGUAGCCUUGUACGCUCAGUACUUGAAUUGGGUUCAAUUAGUUGUUAAUACAAGUUAAAAUGAUUGAGCGUGUGCAGAAGUUUAUGUGGUUUUUGGUCUGUUGUGGUUUUUGGGGUCAAUAAAUGUGCUUUGUGUAAAGAUCACCAUGUCAUUGGUUCCAUUAAUGCAAAUAAAUAAAUCACUUAGUCUCAUACAGAUCCUUGUGGUACUCAACCGUGAGAUGGGUGGAAAGCGAUAAUAACAAUCAAUCUGGAAAGCAGCUUGGUUUUUCUACUGCCGGCGAUGGGAAGGUCACGUGUGAAGUUUUGGAGUUGCAACCGGGUUUCACUCGCCACUGAGGGAGAGCUGUGCACGCAUUUAUUGUUUUAAAUAGUGAAUUUCUGAUCGUGUACUUUGUCAAUCAAUACUUAUAGGAGGAAUCAGCCGUAUAUACAUUUGGUUGUCGACCUAAAUUCAUAUUUGAUCGUUUAAUGUGUAUA